UAAAAAUUAAAGUUAGAUUUACUCUUCAUGUAGCCAAUACUUGUCCCUGAGAAAUUAUUUGAAUUGAAAACUUAGUCAAAUGUAUUAGUAUUUUAUAUAGUAUUUCUAGUUUUAAGCAAUAGUGAGGAAAAAAGCAUGCAGUUAGUAAAAAUAUAGAAAUGGAAAUUGAGGUACCUGAUUAUAAGCUGAAAUAUAAUGUUAUGGGGCAUAGAAUAGGAAGUUCUAAUUAAAUGCAUUCUUGAAGAUUUUAAAGUAAAAAUUGUUGAAAUAUUUGUAUUAGCAUGAUUCCGAAUGUCCCAAGGGAAUUAUUACAAACAUGGUAUAAAAUUCUGUUCUUUUUAUAUUUGGGUGAUUUGUUUGAAAAUAAUUUAAAAUGGCUAGAAAACUUUACCAAGAUACAAUGUUAGGAUAAAUGGAUUACUUUUCUUGAACCUUAUGAAAGAGAUGUAUGCUUUUCGUCUUUUGCAGAGUUGAACAAUGACCAUAGUUGACAAAGCUGAAUCUUCAGACCCGUCAACCUAUCAGAAUCAGCCUGGCAGUUCUGAGGCAGUCUCACCUGGAGACAUGGAUGCAGGUUCUGCCAGCUGGGGUGCUGUGUCUUCAUUAAAUGAUGUUUCAAAUCACACACUUUCUUUAGGACCAGUACCUGGUGCUGUAGUUUAUUCAAAUUCUUCUGUACCUGAUAAAUCAAAGCCAUCACCACAAAAGGAUCAAGCCCUAGGUGAUGGCAUUGCUCCUCCACAAAAAGUUCUUUUUCCAUCUGAGAAGAUUUGUCUUAAGUGGCAACAAACUCACAGAGUUGGCGCUGGGCUCCAGAAUUUGGGCAAUACCUGUUUUGCCAAUGCUGCUUUGCAGUGUUUAACUUACACACCACCUCUCGCCAAUUACAUGUUGUCACAUGAACACUCCAAGACAUGUCAUGCAGAAGGAUUUUGCAUGAUGUGUACAAUGCAAGCGCAUAUUACCCAGGCACUGAGCAAUCCUGGGGAUGUAAUUAAACCAAUGUUUGUCAUCAAUGAGAUGCGGCGUAUAGCUAGGCACUUUCGUUUUGGAAACCAAGAAGAUGCCCAUGAAUUUCUUCAAUAUACCGUUGAUGCUAUGCAAAAAGCAUGUUUGAAUGGGAGCAAUAAAUUAGACAGACAUACCCAGGCUACCACACUUGUUUGUCAGAUAUUCGGAGGAUACCUAAGAUCUAGAGUCAAGUGUUUAAAUUGCAAGGGCGUUUCAGAUACCUUUGAUCCAUAUCUUGACAUAACAUUGGAGAUAAAGGCUGCUCAAAGUGUUAAUAAGGCAUUGGAGCAGUUUGUGAAACCAGAACAGCUGGAUGGAGAAAACUCCUACAAGUGCAGCAAGUGUAAAAAGAUGGUUCCAGCUUCAAAGAGGUUCACUAUACAUAGAUCUUCUAAUGUUCUUACACUUUCUCUGAAACGCUUUGCAAAUUUUACUGGUGGAAAAAUUGCUAAGGAUGUGAAAUAUCCUGAAUAUCUUGAUAUUCGUCCAUACAUGUCUCAACCAAAUGGAGAACCAAUUAUUUAUGUUCUGUAUGCAGUGCUAGUGCACACUGGUUUUAAUUGCCACGCUGGCCAUUACUUCUGUUACAUAAAAGCUAGUAAUGGCCUCUGGUAUCAAAUGAAUGAUUCCAUUGUAUCUACCAGUGAUAUUAGAUCGGUACUCAGCCAACAAGCUUAUGUGCUCUUUUAUAUCAGGUCCCAUGAUGUGAAAAAUGGAGGUGAACUUACUCAUUCCACCCAUAGCCCGGGCCAGUCCUCUCCCCGCCCAGUAAUUAGUCAGCGGGUUGUUACCAACAAGCAGGCCACAACGCCAGGGUUUAUUGGACCACAGCUUCCUUCUCACCUGAUAAAGAAUCCACCUCACUUGAAUGGAACUGGGCCAUUGAAGGAAACACCAAGCAGUUCCAUGUCAAGUCCUAAUGGAAAUCCCAGUGUCAACAGGGCUGGUCCUGUUAAUGCUUCCACUUCUGUUCAAAACUGGUCAGUUAACAGGCCCUCAGUUAUUCCAGAACAUCCCAAGAAACAAAAAAUUACCAUAAGUAUUCACAACAAGUUGCCUGUUCGCCAAGGUCAGUCUCAGCCUAAUCUUCACAGCAAUUCUUUGGAGGCUCCUAACAAGCCUGUUCCCUCUUCUACCAUUACUAAUUCUUCUGCAAUACAGUCUACCUCGAAUGCAUCUACGAUGUCAAUUUCUAAUAAAGUAGCAAAACCCAUCUCUCCGAGUGAAUCCUGCUCCAAGCCAGUGAUGAAUGGGAAGUCUAAGCUGAGCUCCAGUGUGCUGGUCCCCUAUGGUGCCGAGUCAUCCGAAGAGUCUGACGAGGAAACAAAGGGCCUGGCCAAGGAGAAUGGUGUGGGUACAGUGACGAGCUCUCACUCUGCUGGUGAAGAAGCCGAAGAUGAUGAGGCUUCUCAGCAUGAGCUUCAAGAACCUAUCACUUUAAAUGGUGCUAAUGGUGCAGAUGGCAACCCAAAAGAAAAUGGCCUAUCAUUUGAAGGUGCCAGCUGCCAAGUCCAGCCUACUAUACACUCAGAAAAUCCCUUUUCAAAAGCAAAUGGUCUUCCUGGAAAGUUGAUGCCUGUUCCUUUGCCAUCUCUCCCAGAAGACAAAAUCUUAGAGACUUUCAAACUUAGUAACAAAGUAAAAGGCUCAACAGAUGAAACAAGUUUGACUGGAACAGAGAUAAGUCCAGCUGAGGAGCCUGCUGCAGAGCCGGAAGUUAGCAGUACCACUGCUGGUUCUCACGAAAAAGUGGAGACAGUCACAAGCCUGAGCAGCAAGUUAAAGAAGGCUUUGCCACCCUCCGACCCCAACACCAAAUCUACCAAAGAAGAAGUCUCUGAAAACAUUUCAGCAAAACCUGAUGAGUCCUUGCCCAUUAUCAACAAUGUUUGUCACACCAACAAGAAUCCCAUGGGGGAUGAUCAACUUUCUAACCUGUGUGACACUGAGAAUCUUACAAAUGACCAGAGCAAACCAUCCCAAGAGGUAAAAGGAAUGUUAAUUGAGAGUCCACGGGACUCUGCACCAGUGGAAAUAGUGGAGAAGUUGAGCCCAACUCCCUCAGUACGUUCAGAAGACGAAUGUGAGCAUAAACUCCUAGUUUACCUCAGCAGAGACAGAUGCAGGGAUAUAGAAGAUCCUUCCAGAAGCACAGGCGUGUCUGCAGAUGCAUUGACCUCUCCCCAGCCAGACAGCAGGACCACAGGAGCCCACUCAGAUGGGGGCGCCGAGCAUAGCAGUGGUGAGAGAUGUGAUGAAAACAAGGUUGGACAGAAAGUUCAGGAUCAUUCUGCAGUUAAGGAAAAAAUCGGUAGCCUCAGAAAAGUUGAUCGAGGACAUUAUCGUAACCGUAGAGAUCGUUCCUCCAGUGGAGAACACGCAAGGGAAAGUAGGAGCAAGACAGAGGACCAUUAUCACAAAAAGCGGCACUAUGUUAGAGAACGGGCCAAGCAGGAGCGCCACCAAGUGGAGCACUGUAACGGGAGUCAGCACCCCUUGUGCCACAGCGAGCGGGUCAGCCCCAGUGAGCGCCGCUCCCUGGGCAGGUACAGCUAUCACCACUCUCGCAACAGAGGUGGGUCAGACCAGGACUGGGCCAGACACCACCACUCAGAGAGUGAGCACGCCUGGGGCCGGGAGAAGUACUACCCUGAGAAGAUGAGGUGGGACAAGUGUAGGUAUUACCAUGACAGGUACAUCCCCUACGCAGCCAGGGAGCCGAGGGAGUGGAGGCCUCUACACAGCAGCGGCCGGGAGCAUGACCGAGCACGGCUGCACAAGGACUGCUACAGGGGCAGGAAGGGCUGGGAGCCUCCUGCCAGGGGCAAGGAGCGGCACCACUUGCACAGUGUGCGAGUCGGGGCAGCCCCUGCCCUUCCUCUGCACCCUGCGAGGUACCCCCAGGAGAAAACUGCACUGGGAGCUGAAGACAGCAGUUUCAGCCUCUCGGAUCGGUUUCAUGAACAUGAAACUGUAAAGUCGCGGAAACGGAGGUACGAGAUCAUAGAAAAUAAUGACAGUCACUUAGAAAAGAAAGCCCACAGAAGCUUACAGAAGGACCCUUUAGAAGAGCCUAAGGUGAAGAAGCACAAGAAAUCAAAGAAGAAAAAGAAAUCCAAAGACAAACAUCGAGAGCGCGACUGCAGGCAUCAGCAAGAUUCCGAUCUUUCAGUAGCGUACUCUGAUGCCGACCUCCACAGACACAAAAAGAAGAAGAAGAAAAAGAAGAGACAUUCAAGGAAGUCAGAGGACUUUGUGAAAGAUUCAGGACUACACUUGAUGAAGGCCAUGAGCUAUGAGACUGUCAACCAUUUCCGGAGAACAGAGGGCAGUUUUCUACUCACCGAUGGCCUGCCUCUGGAAGGCAUCGGACCUUUCCAGGAAAAAACAAAGCAUUUAAGGAUGGAAAGCAGGGCUGACAGGUGCCAUCUGUCUGAGUAUGGCCAGGGUGAUUGAAAACUUGGCCUCAAAACAAAAAAUUCACUAGUUAUGAUUCAACGUGUUCAACAGAAGCCAUCCCCAACCCAGCUUAAAUUAUAAACAUAGAAAAUAACUUUGUUCAAAUCUGCGUGGUGCUUCUUUAGUAAAUAUGUACAGAUUUUACCAUGGAGAACUUACUUUUUUUUGUUUUGUUUUGGUUUUUUUUGUUUGUUUGUUUGAUUUGUUUUGUUUUUGUUUUUACCUUUUCUUAAUUGCCCUUAUUCCAAAUGGAUGAACACUUUCUACAACUGCUGACCACUGUAAGAUACCGUGUAUAUAUAUAUCACAGUGAAAAUAAUGCCCUGGAAUAGAACAUCUCAAAUGCUGCUUAAUUACAGACUCAGGUUGAUUACUUGUAUUUCAUGUAAUGUUCCUCCAAGUUAGACAUCUGGUGCAAGACCAACCGGGAAACCAUGGAAUUAUUAAAAGUACAAACUGACAGUGUGUAUAUUUAAUUUAAAGACUUAUUUAAAUAUUCACAAGCUCUCAACUAAACUUUUCGAGGGCAGUCUGUUUUCUGUAAUGUCUGAUACUAGAAACUAAUUUGCUUCAUAUUUUAGUUGUAUUCAAGAUUUGAAAAUGUAUUUUAUAGACAAGUUCUGUUUUUGAACUUUGUGGAACUAUUCCAAUCAAUUUACCAGUUAUGAUGAGUAUUUACAUUAUGAAUGUAUAAUCUAAACAUUAUUUGUACAGCCUACAGUAUGUUUUUAUUACAUAACACUUUUUUAUACAGCGUCCUUGUCUUGACUAUAUGGUAUUGGAGUCUGAGUUGUCAGCUUGGUCCCUUAAAGUUUCUAGUUACAGACAAAAAUCAUACUGUGAUUUUAUUUUUAAUAUGGAUAUGCUAUCAAACUGUGAUACACUUAUAAUUCACUGGUCCUGCAUCAGGAGAUGGAGUGGGGAAAACUGUAUUUAAUACAGUUUGUAUCUGAAUAAUCUGUAUGGUUUAUACAGUUUGUGUUGUUCAGAGAUGUCUAAAGUUUGAUCUUUGUUUUUUUAAAGAUUGAAAAAGCACUUGCCCCACUGUAAAUAAUACAGCAUGUAAAAUUUAUAUAGUAUAUAAAUGGCAGCAAAUUAAA